CGCGUUGCUUGGGUAACCAAAAACGUAUAAAAACGUACAAAUUUUCCCCCAAAAUAGUGCUCUUAUCGGUUGUUAACCGGUCUCUAAACAGAGCAAGUUUAGACCUGCAGUUACGAACUACAGUGGAAGAUUGAAGCAUUGGCAUCUGUGAUAUAGGUUUUUUGGGGUAUUUCCAAUCAUGGCUACUACAAGCAUAAAAAGACCUAAAGAAGAAGAUUCACUCGAUGGACCUGGUCGAGAAGCAAAAAAGUUAAAAUCACGAUUCCAGGAUGACAGCAAUGGAGAUGGAAAGAGUGACCAGGAUACUACUGAACAACUCUCUUCUUCUCAGAUUAGAGAAAUGAUGAUGAAUGCUCAAAAGAUGAUUGAGGAAAGGAAACGAUCUCUCAAUCAACCGCCAGCUCUUCUCAAGACUACCCCAGUGCUCUCAUCACUUCCAACACCUGUAGCUCCUAAAGCCGUUCCCCCAUCUUCAAUGGAUGAGCGUGCCAGAAAGAUUGCUGAACUACAGGCUCAAAUUCAGUCAAAACUAGCCACCUCCACUUUAGCCACAUUGAACUUGAGUCUUCCUAAAACAGCCAGUGUCCCUGCAUCAACAGGGGAAGGGUCUAAUAAUGAGCCGAAACCUGGCCCACUUAUUCUCAACGCUGAUGGAAGGACAGUUGAUGCGACUGGUAAAGAGAUUGCCUUGGCCCAAUACACACCAACUCUCAAGGCAAACAUUCGUGCCAAAAAACGCGAGGUGCUCAAGACUCACAUGGGCAAAGGAUCUCAACAACAAAGCGAGGAAGCGGGAAAUUUGACGGAAAGUCGCUUCUUCGAUCCACGUGUUGCAGCCAAAUCCUCCGUGAGAACACGCAGAACCUUCCACUUUCACGAGCAGGGCAAAUUUCAGCAAGUGGCAUCUCGAAUGCGAAUGAAGGCUCAGUUAGACAAAUUGCAAAGCGAAAUCUCUCAAAUUGCCCGUAAGACUGGCAUCAAUUCAGUCACUGCACUUGCUCUAGUUGCCCCACGAGUUGGCGAUCGUCAGGAGGAGGAGGACAUUGAUUUGGAAUGGUGGGACUCGGUCAUCUUGCAAACACGAAGCUACGAAGGCGAAGACGGACAGCCCAAUUUACGCCAGGAGACGAUUACCAAUUUAAUCGAACAUCCCAUCCAAAUGCGUGCUCCCACCGACCCGCUGGCCUUGCCCUAUUUGCCCGUCUUUCUCACCGAGAAAGAGCGCAAGAAGUUGCGCCGCACCACUCGACGUGAAAAUUGGAAGGAGAAACAAGAAAAUAUCCGUUUGGGACUGGAACCGCCACCUCAAGCAAAAGUUCGAAUUUCUAAUUUGAUGCGCGUGUUGGGCAACGAAGCCAUCCAGGAUCCAACCAAAAUUGAAGCUCACGUCCGCGAGCAAAUGGCCAAACGACUUCAAAAUCACCAGGAGGCAAAUGCCUCUCGAAAGUUGACGGCUGACCAGCGACGCGAAAAGAAGGAGAAAAAGCUCCAAGAAGACACGACAACGAGCGGUGUGCAUGUGGCGAUUUACCGGAUCAAGGAUUUGUCCAAUUUAUCCAAGAAAUUCAAAAUCGAGACCAAUGCCAAGCAGCUUUACAUGACGGGAUGCGCAGUCAUUUUCAAGGACGUUAACGUCGUUAUAGUCGAAGGAGGCCCUAAACAGCAGAAGAAGUACAAACGCUUGAUGCUCAAUCGCAUUCGGUGGGAAGAGGACGCCGUCAAGGUUAGCAAACACGACACUGGUUCAUCCUCCCAGCCCGAAACGCGGAAUUCCUGCCAGCUCGUUUGGGAAGGCACGACCAAACAACGCAAUUUUGGUGACCUCAUCUUCAAACUUUGCCCAUCGGAGGUUGUGGCUCGAGAACAUUUUCGCAAACACGGCGUCGAACACUACUGGGACCUGUCUUAUUCCACAGCAGUGCUGGAAGAAACUGAAGAAAAGUGAUCGGUUUCAUUCUGCCAUCAACUUUAACUCUUUAUUUUUUUCUUUUCAUUUUUGAACCAAACGUUCAUCUUUGAAUAUUACCAUCAAUAAAAAGAUUUGUCUUUA